CAGCCAUUAAUUUCGUGGGCUUUCCCGAAGUCAAAGCUACCUAGGUACUCAUGCGGUGGUAAAACCCCAAGGGUGGCAAGUAGGGAAUAGCCAACAACAUGUCUUCACCAAACCUACCGCUACGAGCAUCUCGUUCGACAGCCACUUCACAAGACCGGCAGCAACAGCCUGACAUCAAUGCAGAGGUCGCUGGCAAAUCACCAGAUGAUGGAAACAACAACGGUGACCAAGAGACUUACGCAGACCACGACGAGAAUGGAGAUCUACCAAUGAGUAUGACAGCAAGUGUGAUCCUGACAAAUUUGCCGAAGGAUGCGAGUGCGGCGUUGAAGGAGGUGGAGGAAAUGGAUGAGAGAAAGGUAUCGAUCCGCUUCCAACCAGUCGGUUCGGCUCCGAUUCUGAAACAGCGCGUGUUCAAGAUCAGCGCAUCGUCCAAAUUAAGCGUCGUGCUGAACUUUUUGAGAAAGAAAUUGGGCGUAAAAGAAGGGGAUGGGCUAUUUUUAUAUGUCAACAGCGUUUUUGCGCCAGGAUUGGACGAGGGUGUUGGCAAUCUCUUCAGAUGCUUCAAAACGGACGACCAACUGAUUGUCAGUUAUUCUACGACGCCUGCCUUUGGAUGAUAUGGCUAUGAGAUAUCAAGUGCCCUUACGCCAUGGAAUGCAAUAUCAACAACCAGACAGGCCGAGUGUUUCAUCUGCAAGAUUGGGCAGACCUUCAUAAUGCCAAUGACCCUGCCAUGACUCCACGCAAAAGACAUAUAAUAUCCGACCGCGAGCAGCAAAAUUCGUCGACAGCUUCACGACUGACCUGCUUUUAUGGCCGCCCUGAAUGCCUCUGUCACCUUUGCGUCGCUCUUAUACACG